UGACCGAUAAUGUCUUUUCGAUCUCGUCAAUAAUUGAAGCUGUCUGGGAAGAAGUCACCUUCCAUAUGAUGGCGGGUGUUUGUGGGACACCAUCAUGCUAAUGAACACAUACUCUUCACGGUUAUGGCUUUCGCUCAGACCGCCGCCGCCGCCGUCAUCAUCCUCACAAAUCGCAAGCCUUGUUGGUAAACCACGACGACGACGACCAUUGUGCGCUGCUGCGGCAAGGUACUAUUCCCAGCACCAUGCUGCUGCUGCACCCAACAACACCAACAAUGACGGCCGACCGCGUAGUCCCACGAUAGCAAUCAUCGGCUCUGGGCCGGCCGGGUUCUACACUGCUCAAAAGGUGAUGAGGGAACUCAAGGGGACCAAGGUGGACAUGUACGAACAAUUACCUGUACCUUUUGGUCUGGUCAGGUUCGGAGUCGCACCGGAUCAUCCAGAGGUAAAGAAUGUACAAGACACUUUCCAAGACAUCGCGGCGUCUCCAGAUUACAACUUUAUCGGAAACGUGAACCUCGGACACGACCUGCCUCUUCCCUUGCUUGCGAAACAUUACGAUGCCAUAGUGUUCGCCUACGGAGCGUCCAAAGAUCGAAAGAUUGGGUUGGAAGGAGAAAACAAAUCACACGUAUACUCUGCCCGGGCGUUUGUAGGGUGGUACAACGGUCUCCCCGAGUACCGAGACCUGGACCCGGACUUGACGGCCGGCGACACGGCGGUGGUCGUGGGACAGGGGAACGUCGCGUUGGACGUGGCGAGGACGCUGUUGAGUAAGCUCGACCAACUGGGAAAGACGGACAUGACGGAAUACGCACUCGACAGGUUGUCUCGAAGCACCAUCAGGCACGUCCACGUCGUCGGCCGCCGAGGACCCAUGCAGGCGGCUUUCACGAUCAAAGAGGUCAGGGAACUACUACAUCUGGACGACGUCAAUUUUGAACCCAUCCCGGAGAGUCUUUUCCCGCAGGACCUGAAGAGUCUACCUCGUCCCAAGAGACGGUUGAUGGAACUGCUGAAAAAGGGCAGCCCCGUCAAGGAAGGAGCCACCAAAUCUUGGUCUUUGGAUUUUCUUCUGUCUCCGAAGUCACUGUCGCGGUCGGCGUCGGACACGGACAAACUCGAAGGGGUGGUGUUUUCCAGGACGAAACUUGACGACCCAGACUCCCCCGGCUCCAAAGUUACGAGCACCGACGAAACGAGGCUCAUCCCUGCGUCGACGCUGUUCCGAUCGAUAGGUUACAAGGCCGAAGCCAUACCGGGCAUGAGGGACAUCGGGGCCGACUUUGACGAACACAGGGGGACCGUCCGACAUGACGGUUCUGGACGAGUGUACCCCGUCGAAGACCCUCAGAAGGACAACGACGCCGACAACCAGAAUGCGAGCUUAUACUGCUCUGGUUGGGUCAAGCGUGGUCCGACCGGUGUCAUCGCCAGUACCAUGACGGAUGCUUUCGAGACCGCCGAGGCCAUUGUCCAGGACUGGAAGAAGAAGGUGACGUUCGGGUCGGAUCAUCACGUCCCUCUCCCACGACCCGGUCGCGCAGGCUGGAAGGGUGUGCAAGCGGACGCCGCGGCCCUCAAUCUACCUCUCAGACCCGUCCAUUGGUCCAGUUGGCAAAAGAUCGACGCCGCCGAGAGAUCCGUCGGUGCAGCUCACGGUAAACCGAGGGAGAAAUUUGGCAGUGUCGAUGAGAUGCUACAAGUUUCGAGGGCAUGAUAAACAUGGUACCCCGUCGCGGACAUGAUACGCCUACGAGUACUCAUAUAUACCCAAGAAUAACAUGUAAGAUAUUAGAUUAAAGAAGUGGUUUCGAAUUGUAGACGACUUGUCUAUCAUCAUCAUCAUCAUCGCCUCCGGCACGAUACCUGGGUACAAAGGUUGUUCCAAGCUUUACUGUUUUGGCAAUGUCAUACCUUUGCCUUUUCACCGUACAAGAUGUCCUCGACGCGUUCGGCGAUGGCCAAGGAGCUGGUCAGCCCGGGACUCUCGAUGCCCAACAGGUUCACGAACCCGGGGAACCCUUCUUCUUCACGGACGAUGAAAUCCUCGAACCCUUUGCCGUCGACACCGAACGUGCCGCUACUUCCCCUGCUCAGUUUCGGCCUGACGCCGCAAUAGUCGAGGUCGAUGGCUCCGACGUCGACGCCGGGCAGAUAGGUUCGGAUGACCUUGAUGGCGUCCCCGAGCCGCGCAGGGUUCGGGGUCAGGUCAGUAGGGUCGUCCACCCACUCGACGUCGGGGCCGAACCUGGCUCGGCCGCCCAUGUCGAGGGUCAAGUGGGUGCCCAACCCUCCCAGACCCGGGGUCGGGGCGGGGUACAACAGAGUCUUGACUUUUGGUCUGGACGCGGCGUAGGAAAAAUAAGUGCCCUUUGCGAAGAAGGCCGUCCUGUGUCGGUCAGGCGGGAGGACCAUGUUGUUUAUGUUCAUCGCACCCAAACCUGCCGCGUUGAUCAAACAUUCGGCCGUGAUGGUAUCUUCACCUCCCGCUCCGUCACGGCUGCGUGUGCGGAUCUCAUAAGAUCCUAUUGUACUACUGCCGUCGUUGCCGGUACCGGUACGGACCGGUUCAAUGCCGGUCACGAUGGUGUGCAAGACCUGAUCCCCACCUAGGUCGUCCAGGUCACCUUCCAAAUACGACAUGAGAGCGUGAGAGUCUACGAUUCCUGUUGUCGGGGAUUCGAGGACACCCGCUUCGGCGCGCACGUCGGGUUCUCGCUCUUGAAUCUCCCGACGCGACAGGAAAUUUGUAGGGACGUCGAUCGAUCUGGUAAAGGUGUGGAGGUCCUCUAGGUGUCGCAUCUGUCGUUCGUCCUGUGCGAGGAUCCACUUUUUCGUGCGCCGGUAAGGGAUGGAUUUGCUCUCGCAGAGGUCGUAGAGAAGAUUUUUCCCUCGGAUGCAGAGCUUGGUCUUUAGACUCGAAGGGCCGUAGUAGAUGCCCGCGUGAAUCACCUGUGACAAAAGGACUCUCGUGUUAGUCGAGGGCCAGCCUGCUUCUGCUUCCACUUCCGUCGAUGACGAUGCCAAAAAGGGGGCAGGUGUUGUGUUGUCAAAGUAUAUACCUGACCUGGUAGGGAGGGAGGAGGUGUUUGAUAUGGUACGUUGUGCAUCCAGAUGACCGAGUGUACAUACCUCUGAAUUCCUACUACUGGUUUCGGUCCCUACCGAACCAUGCCUCUCGAUCAAUAUCGUACUCGUCCCGGUCCGUCUGGCCAGUUGACGAGCGACCGCAAGACCUACCACGCCACCUCCGAUGAUCUAAAGAAGUACAGGAUCGACGAUCCCCAAGUCAGCUUUCCCAGAACAGACACGACUGGAGAAAAACAAAAAGGAAAAACAAAUAGCUAUUGCCGUAUUUCAUUUCGACAAAGGAGGUGAACCAAACUUACAGCGUGAGUAAAAUCUGCAUGAUGUGUCCUCGAGGUCGAAAAUGUCCUCUUGAUCCCAGAAGACGAGUGGCCGUGGCGAGGCUGUCGUUGUAGUGGUAGUGGUGGUGGUAGUGGUAGUAGUGGUAGUAGUGAUUGUCGCAGAGUGUUUCCACUUCUCGACCUCGUGAAGACCUUUUCCAUCUUUUCUUCAAAGAAUCAACAAGAUCUGGUCAAUCCUCUUAGAAUGUCUUGACCGAGAUUGAGAGAAAAACAAAAGGGAAAUUCGUAUCUCAUCUCAUGCGAAAGUUGAUUGAUGGGAAGCCGGUGUCGUUCGAAGUAGUUGCGGUGU